AUGGAAAACCAAAAGAUAAACUUAAUGCUAGAGUCUUUGUCACAAAUAGAAGACAUGAUGAUUUCAAAGCCUAGCACAAGCGAUGUCGAAGAAAUGAGAAAAGAGAAUGAGGUUUUGGUGAAAACAUACAACUAUAAGGAGUUCAGAGAAAUCAGAGCUUUAAAUGGAACCGAGGGCUUGCACGAUCUAGGAAGACAGUAUGUGCUUAAUGAGCAGAUUCAUGGGAAGAGUGGAUCCUUCUUGUUUUUCACAGAAGACCUCAAAUUUGUUGUGAAAACUAUAAGGAAAAGUGAGUUCUAUUGCAUCAGGAGAAUGGUAGAGGAAUACAAAAUACACAUUCUUCAGAAUCCUAUGUCUCUUUUAUGUAAGAUACUUGGAUGUUAUAGUCUGUGCACUAGGGGUGAUGAAGAAUAUUUCAUAGUGAUGGAAAGCAUGCUGAAAAGAUCUGGGAUGCAAGAGAUUUAUGACCUCAAGGGGGCGUCUGUCAAAAGAAAGGGGUACUCGGUGUCCAGCCUAAAGGAAAUAGAUUGGAUUGGAAAUAGUAAAAGAAUAGAUCUUGGAAACCGGAAGGAGGCCAUUAUAUCCCAGAUCAAAAACGAUGUGGAGUUUCUAAAAAGACAUAGAAUUAUGGAUUACAGUUUUUUUGUGUCCUUUGGCUGGAAGAAAAGAGAAAGCGUUGAUCCGUUUUCCCUAUGUAAAGAUCAUAAUCAUAUGCCUGAGAAUGAAGAUGUGCACUUUGGAAUAGUGGACAUUCUUACACAAUGGACUUUUAAAAAGAGAAUGGAGAGACUAUUUCAUAUAUUCUGCUGCAAAUCAAAUAGCUCCUGCCUGAAUCCUGAUGCAUACAUGGACAGGUUUCUUAUUAUGAUUGAAACAGAUGUAUUCAAAUGA